AGCACCAUCCUCAGGGCAUCACAAGCACUCUUAGCAGUCCAGAGCUCCAGAUCAAGCAGCUACUUGAUCAUUUGGUCUGUGCUUCUGUGGUGUAGUGAUCAGAUCCUUCGGCAGCAAUGGCAGGCAAGGCAUCGAUCGCGCUGUUCCUCGCCGUGAACCUGGUCGUGUUCGCCAUGGCCAGCGCGUGCGGGGGAAACUGCCCAACCCCGUCGACGCCCACACCGACGACCCCGGCCUCGUCCGGCAGGUGCCCACGCGACACGGUGAAGCUGGGCGUGUGCGUCAACGUGCUGAACCUGAUCAAGGCCAAGGUGGGCGGGCCGCCCACGUUGCCGUGCUGCCCGCUGCUGAAUGGGCUCGUUGACCUCGAGGCGGCCGUGUGCCUCUGCACGGUGAUCAAGGCCAACGUCCUCAGCAUCGUCAAGCUCAACCUCCCCGUCGACCUCAGCAUCAUCCUCAACCACUGCGGCAGGAGCAAGCCCACUGGAUUCAUGUGCUAAGUGAUCUAGCAAGGUGUGCCACGCAUGCGUUGGCUAAGUGCGGCCGUGCGGAUUUGUGGUGCGAGAGGGGCAUUAUUCUGCUUGAUCAAUCGUUUAUUUCAGCCGGUUUGUUUGUUUGGUUGGUUGGUUUUGCUACUUGACGUGCUAGCCACAAGUCUGCAUAUAUGCAUGCAUGCAUGCUAUGGAGAAGUACGUAUGUAGACGAUUUAAUCCUUUUAUUUAUUUGUUCUUAUAAAUCAUUUUUUUUAUUGGCGAGUUCGUCUGCCUUGUAUUCGUCUUGUACGAUCUGCAUGAUGAAUAAAGUUUACUUUUACUA